UGAUUCACGUUGAGAAAGCGGAAAUCUCACUUCUGAACAAAAUGGCGACUAGUGGAAUGCGUAGUGUUGUCAGGAAAGGUGUUAAUCACUUUAUCGGCAAACAAAAGCCGUUUGUGUUCAUUCAAAGCAUUCAGUUGUCCUCACUACCAAACCAGUUGACAUUUUGUCCCUGUGUGGCAUUCUCAUCUUCUGCUGUUCUACACUCUGAUGUGUCAGUGAAGUACCGUCAUGGAUUGUCAGUGUUUGCAGUGCCUUUGCCUUCGCGUAAGGAGUCAUGUGAAAUCGUUCUCAAGCCUGUGUCCCAUACGGUGAAGGACCUGGUGAACUUUAUCAAGGAGGAAGACAAGGGCAUAGACAGGGUUGCCGUCUACAGGGCCAAUGAGGUGAAGGUAGCUGGUUCCACCACCAUAGAUAUACUGCUGAGGUCGCCAUUCACCCUGACAAUCAAUGAGGAUACAUUCAACAUCUCACCACCAGAACCAGAGGUGACCCUCCCCAGUGAGACUUUCGAGCGUCUGACAGAGGUGAAGAGUCUCACUGCCAAGCUGUACUCUCAGCUGAAUGUAGAAGAAUACCAGCUGAAACGGGAGAGGGACCUUAUACAGCAAAUAGAGGAAUACCGCCUGCAGAUACAGCCCUAUCUCACGAAAAAGACUGACAUGGAGAAAAGAAUACAGUCUAGAAACAGGCAGCUGAUGUACAUAGGCUCAACCUUGAUGGGGUUCCAGUUUGGGUUCUUUGCUCGUCUUACAUGGUUUGAAUAUUCCUGGGAUGUGAUGGAGCCAGUCACAUAUUUCGCAACUUAUGCAGCAGUCAUGGGGAUGUAUGCAUACUUCACAGUUUGUGCACAGGAGUACAACUAUGUGGAUGCCUGGGAUAGGGAAUUCGUCAACAAGUUCCACAAACUCGCCAUCAAAGAGGGUUUCAACAUCAAUGAAUACAACCGCUUGACAGAGCUGAUUGAGCAAUGUGAGUCAGAUCUGCGGCGUCUACGGGACCCACUCCAGGUCCAUCUUCCCAUACGAGAACUCUAGGCGGGUCUUCUAGUGCUACAUGUAGUGAAUCUGCUGUCCACUGUUUUGUAUAUGUUGUUCUUGUUGUUUUCUUAUUUUUGCACACCUGAGCAUAACAUUCUUAUGGUGAGCUUUUUUGAUCACGUUUUGUCUGUCAUUUGUUGCCUGUUGACAACAUUAACCGUGUGAACACUCAAGUAAAGGCACAUUUAUCAUCCAAUGAUAUCUCAGCUGAGUUCAAAGUUGUGUCUCUUUGGGUUCAAAACUAGGUUACUAAGUCAACUUAAAGAACACUCUAGAACUUAGAAGUUACUCUUUAUUUCCAAGCUUUAAAGAGUUGUUCUUAUAAUAUCUCAUUAGUUUGAGAAUGAUUCUGUUAUAUGAAAAAGACCAGAGUGCUGGGCUGUUUUCCUUAUAUGACUUUAGUAAAACCUUGUGAACUAGAGGUCAAUUUUUUUCCAAUCUUCAUGAAACAACAUGCUCAGAUUUUUUUAAUGAUAUCUCAGCUGAGUUAGAAAAUGGCUUUGGUACGUUAAAAAAACACGGAUGCCAGGGUGCUUGUUAUUUUUCCUAAUAUGGCUAUUAUGAAAACUUGUGAACACUCAGGAGGUCACAAUCUUUACUCAAUCAUCAUGAAACUUGCCAAGAACAUUAACUUGCCAAGAACAUUAAUUCUAUUGAUAACUUUGCUGAAAAUGGUUCUAGUCUAUGGUUCUGUUGAAAAACAUUGCAGGUCUGUUUUAUAUGGCUGUAGUGAAACUUUGUUAACACUCUAGAAGUCACAUUUUUUGCACUAUUAUCCUGAAUCUUAAUCAGAAUGUUUCUUCUAAUGAUAACUGAGCCAAAGUAGAAAAUGGCACUGUUUGUUAAAAAACAAAGGAUGCUUUUGGUCAGGUGGGGAUGUAGUUUUCCCUAUAUUCCUUUAGUGAGAACUUAAAUUGCCUAGGGACAGUGAAGUUUAUUUGGAUACCAGGUGUGCGCCUUAGUGCUUUUGGCACGUUUCUUUAUGAAAUUUACCAUUACUGCUUUGAUUGUAUAUGAACACAGGAUUCAGCACUAUAGUGUAUAUAUACUGAGCUUUUUAUGCUCCCUUAACAGAUGUGGCAUAUAGCAGUCACACUGUCAGUCUGUGGGAGUGUCUUGAUGUUCAAAAAUCCUGUCUCAUCCAUUACUAUGGCAUAUAUUUAUGGAUUUUAAAAUAACAAAUAAAGAGAACAUACUGCUUGUGACACCUGUCUCCCUACUGCAUAAGUCAAGGUUACUUUUAGAAGUCAAAGGUCAUAUUUGUCCAUUAAACAGCCAUAACUUUGCCACAUAUUGAUGAAUUUUAAAAUUACUUGUUACAAAUGUUAACAAUCAGAUAAAAAAAGGACACAUGUGUACUACCCAUCUUCCCGCCUCAAAGUUGUAGGUCACACUUAGAGAUUAAAGGUCCAAAGUGGAAUGUGGGGGCAUGUGUGUCCUUUUAACACAUGUCAUUUGUUUUGUAAAAUAUUAAACUUAAGUGGUUAUUGAUGAUAGUAGCUGUGGGGUUAUAGUUGUGGUAUAGAUGAAUUUUUCUUGUAAGUACAGAUUUCACUUUGUUAGGAUGUCAAAAAGGUUAUAUUAAAAACAAGAAUGUUGCAUCAGUUUUGAACAAACCAUAUCAAACGUUUUUUAUUAAAUGUUUUGUUUGUUUUCUUAUAAACUCCAGUUGAAUAUGAUGUGUGUUUUAUUCAUGGUUAAUCAAGUUAUUGUAUUUAUUUGUUUUUUUACCUGAUUUGUUCACAUUUUUGCAAUGUUUGAAGAAAUGUGUUUAAUUAUUUUGUUACGCUAUCUGUGAUCUAACUAUCAAUUUGCCUUAUACUUCUAUGUGUUGUCAAAGAAAAUUUGUUGCGACUUUUUAUGCCCCGGAAGGGUGGCAUUGAGCAGUUGAACUGUCAGUCUGUGCUUCCGUCUGAAAACUUUAACAUUGGCUAUAACUUUUGCAAUAUUGAAGAUAGCAACUUGAUAUUUGGCAUGCAUGUGUAUCUCAUGGAGCUGCGCAUUUUGAGUGAUGAAAGGUCAAGGUCAUCCUUCAAGGGCAAAGGUCAGAAAACAAAAUCCAAGGGAAGUAACAAGCUUUAAAGGGAGAUACUUUCUAUUUCAUAUCAUUUGGCAGAUACAGAUCAUUUUCACAAGGGAAGUAAUAUUUUUUAAAGGGAUAUAAUCGAUAAAAAGAUUUAUUUCAAAGCGGCACAGUAGGGGGCAUUGUGUUUCUGACAAACACAUCUCGUUUUUAAAUAGAAAUACAUUGUUAACAUUCUUAAGGGUAAAUUUGGUGUCAUCUUUUGAGCAUCCAAGAGCACAAAAUGCUCAUGGUCAGCUUUUGGGAUUACUUUUUGUCCAUUCUUGGUCAUGAGUUACUGGGCCAAUCAAAACUUAGCAACAUAUACAACUGGCUAAUGUGGGGUCAAAAAGAAGCUCACUAGGUCAAGUUGAAUAAAAAACAAAUGAACAAAUGAGAUGUUACAUUGUUCAACAAAUCAACACGAAAAUGGUCUAUUGUCUAAACGCUAACAUUUUGAAAUAUGGUUCUUCUCCAGUGAUAAACAUUGCAUCAAAUCUUUUUGAAACUUGGUCAGAACAUUUCUUUCAAUAAGAUCUUGGAAAAGGUUAAAUGUGGGUUAUGUUGGCUCAAAAACUUGGUUAACCGGUUAAGGAAAAAACAGUACAAAACAGGACAUUAGUCAGAACUAAAUACAGAACUCAAGUUUGGACAUUGGAGCCAUCGACUUUUAUCAAAUUAAAAUGGUGUCAUUGUUUUUAAAUGAAUGAUAAAUAUCCAGUUGUUAAGUUAAUUAAAUUUGUAGCCAAUUUAAGCAACUUUUUUAUUUUCCUUUACUGUUCUGUUGUCAUGUAAGCCUUGCACAUGUCAUUCUGUUAUGUCUUAGGUCUGUUUAAAUUCAUGCCCAUUCUUGAAAAUUUAUUUUUUAUAUAUGUGUUGAAGUCAAGUUUGAGGAACCAUGCAGGGUCAUGAAUCCAAUAUGUAGAAAUGCCUUGUUGUAACCUUUCCCUGUGGAAUUCUUUUCUUGUUCUAUGGCAGUUUGCAAUUUGUUUUGUUCGCAAUGUGUUUGGGAGACAUUGAUGCAUAUAAAACUUGUAUGAAUGUUUUAUUAAAUUAUAUCUGCGAAAAACUUGUCGACUUUAUGGCAAGCUAUAAUUGGCAAGAACUUGAGCAGAACAGGUGGCCCAAAUGCCACAAUGUGAUUGGGCGUAUACUAAAAUAUAGAAAAUAUAUUGCAAAACUUGUCAUCUAUAAGUGGUACAAACUUGUUGAUAAAUGUAUACAAAUCAUCUCUAGCCAUCAAUUAGGAAUAAGUUAUUUUGUUCCCUGUUCAGUCAUGCAAAUACAAUUUGUAAACCAAACCUCUUAAGAAUGUUAAACAAAUCUCUUAAGAAUGUUAAGUAUUUUUGUCAUUAGUAGCCUGUGUUCAUUUUUAUUCAUAUGCCAAUCAUUUUACAACGGAAUGUUUCUAAUAAUUCUUGUUUAAUUAUUGAAUGUUGGUUCAAGCACAGUUUAUCUUCAGUGAAAAGAUGUUUUAGAAUGCAUGUCUACCUAUCAUGCUACUGUACAAAACAUUGUUUCAUAUGCACAUUGGUUCAACAAAAAAUCUGACUUUGCAAACAUUGCUGUUAGUCAUAAUAAUAGUUUAAAAGGACUGGUGUUCAUAUUUUGGUUAUAAAAUAGGUUGAAAGAUAAUUUAAAUGUUUCAUAAGUUAUUAUUUAGUUGAAGCAAAUUUACAAACAAUUAAGUUUUUACAAAUAUUGUUGUAUAUAGAUAUAUAUAUAUAUAUAUACCUACUGUUGUAUGUAGAAUAUUACAAAGGUAUGUUCGACCUUGCAUUUAGUAUUUAUAAUAUAUUUCAACACAUUUUUCUAUUAUUCCUAAGUACACUGCACUUGUUCACUAUAUCUAAUGUGCAAUGCUAAUUCAUUAUUGUAAGGGCUUGUAACUCAAUAUGAUGGCAUAUGUACUUUGACAUCGAAUGUGAGUCAUAAAUUAUGCCAAUUUAAAAGCUACAGCAAAGGUUGAUAUGUGUUUGUAUGUUAUGUUUUAUUGACCAGUGUAUUUUCCGUGUGUUACCGGUAUAUGGUAACCAUCACUGGAAGACAGGAAUCUGAAGUAGCAAUUGGCUGAAAUAUUUACUAUAAACAUUACACAUUAGCAGCAUCAUGAAGACAAUGGGUCUUAUGUCAUUUGUGGCCAGUGUACCUCCAGACAAGCCUGCAUACUCGCUCAGUCUGUUCAGGAGCUCCCCUGUCACUCUAAGUUUUGUUGUCUUGGUAGGGGCAUUAUGACUACUCAUCCGAGUAUACGAAUGUAGAUGAAUGUCAUUGCACUGGACCCAAAUGGCAUAAGGCCUAUUUUUCCACAAUGAGGUUCCUAGAUCAGCUUGCAUUUAAUCAUUCACGCUGCUAACUGAUGCAUAUCAGUAUAACUCAGUUAUAUAUUUAUGAGUCCAACACACAAUCUUGUUUUUUAACAAAGUUAUGUUUAUGUACUUUAGUGUUCUAUGAGUUAUGUCAAAUGUGUAUUGCAAUCAAAAUCCUAAAGUGCAAGCAACAUUAAAAAAUUGAAUGAUUUAUUUUAUAAAAUGGAAAGAUUUUGGGAUGGCAAAAAUUCAAUUACCAAUAUUGUUUUUUCAAGAUUUCACAUGAAAGUAUUUGUAUAUUAAAGGUUGAUGGUCAAAAGCAUUACGGAUCAAAAAUUCUUUUUGGAUAAAAAUGCUUUCAAAGUUAUUUUAAUCUUCUUAGUUAAGAAAGAAAAAUCCACAGCAGACACAUAAACUGAUAGAUUGCUGUACCAACUUGCUUUUAUGUAUGUUUUUUUAUAUCUUCCAUACAUGUUUGACUGAUGUUCUUGAUAAAGUUGUUAAUCUUUGCACUGAUAUUGGUCAAUAUAUCAAAUUAUUCCUGAUUGUGUGACAAUUUGCUUGUUCAUGACCUUUUUAUCAUCAUUUAUUAUUUAAAUGCAUUUAAUUUAGGAAGUCUUAACUAGUUCAAUGAAUUGCCGUAGUGUUUGAAAUAAAGGCAUUCAAGUACUUAUGUUUAUUUUGCACCAAACUGCAAAUAAAAAAUAGUUUUUGCUAUUCUAUAUAAAUUAGAAUGUGGUUCCAGAAUGGUUCAAUUAAGAACAACCAUCGAAGUGCUAAGUACUGGAAUUGUGCUUCUUGCACCAAACAUGAAUCAGAGCUUGUUAUUUAUACUGGGACAGUUAUCUCAGUUAGUAGAGCGCUGUACUUCAAAACUGAGGAUCGUGCGUUUGACCCCUGGACUUGCCUCAUGUUGGAAUUAGUGAUGAAAACCAUUCCACGGCCGUUCUACCGCUUCCUCUGAUUCAAGAAGGGACAUUGUCAUUUACUGGCAUAGGUAAAUGCUUUAAGUACUUGUAACUCUGCUAUUCGCGGCAAUGUAUUUGUUAGUUCAUUGACGGCUGUGAUGUGACUGAAAUACCAUUGACAACAGCGAAAAAUCAAACUAAACAAACAAGAGCUUGUUUAUUGAUGGCUUGGGUCAAGUGGAACAAUACUUGAAAUGCCAGUUAAACUAACAGACCAGUAUAUAUGAACAUUCUAGUUUUUCAUUUUUGACUUCACUUCUCUAUGCACAAUUUUACAUCUGUUAGGUUGAUAUUUAUCCUAGUUUGUAGGUAAAACUUGUUACAGAUAUCAGUGUUAUCAUCUACCCGGUAUGUUGAAAAUCAAACAUUUAAUAACAAACAUCCCUGCAGGACUUGUUUUACCAUCCCUGUCACGAGUGAAUUGCCAUACUGAUUGUAUGUGAACAAAUAAUGAAAUGCAUGGUCUUGAAGUGUUUGUACUUUUUAACUUGAAAUAUGCUGCUGUUAUGUAAUGUAGCCUUGACAACAUUAUUUUAUUACUUUGUUUUCAUGUUUUGUUAUUCUUUUAGUUUACAAAUACAAUUUAUAUUGUUAUAUAGUCUCAUACAUCUAUACUUUUUUAUUUGUUUAAUCACAUCAGACUACUGUGAAGAGAGCAUCAAAGAGAUGUUUCUUCACGAUUUAGAGAAUAAAAUCCUUGAUCCUGGA